AUGUGCACCGUUCGUCAAUCCGUCCACAUCCUGGUCCGUCCACCCGGCCGUCGCCUGCCCUGUCUGCAGGUCACCGCACCACUUCGCCUACCUGCGCCCGCCUUCGCACGCUGCCGACUUUCCUGACUCCGCAGCCUUGCCAACGCACCUUUCUGUUAAGUCGUGUGUCUCGAGAGGGGACUGGAUCGGCAACCAGUGAGUACACGAGACACAGUACGAGUGUUAGGAAGUAGUUUGGAGCGUUUGGAUUACAACUAACCUGGAUCGGCAACCAGUGAGUACACGAGACACAGUACGAGUGUUAGGAAGUAGUUUGGAGCGUUAGGGGGAAGACUAAAGAGGCUCGCGGUGCGAGUGCGCGAAAUAUCUCUAAGUCCAAAAGGGGUCCGAGCGGCGCGCGGCUGGCUAGGCUGGGCGCGGGCUGGAGAUCGACCUAAGCAAGAGUGUAUGUUUUUUUUUUUUUUUUACUGGGGCUCAUAAAUUGCAAUCCUUCGGGUUGGCUGGGACCGCUAGAAAAAGAGCUAAAAGAGGUUAUAAAGCAACGACGGCAAGCAAUUGGGUGAAAGUCAAACCCCUGCGCGCAAAGAGCGCUGCGCAGAUCAAAACCCGCCGAGCACCUAACGCGGACUCCAACGGGCGGUGA